GGAAACUCGAUUUUCAUUGUUGUAGGGGUUGUAACUGAUCUUUUUGGUCAUUUUUUUGAUAGUCGUCUGACAUGUCUUCUUCGUCUACUUCUUUUUCUUCUAAUUCAUAAUCUUUCUCUGUUUUUUCACUGCAUGUAUCUUUUAUUUUGCAGCAAAAUAGGCAUAUUAAAAAUACAAAAGUACAACAGCAAACAUAAGCCAGUAAAAGAGAACCAAGUAAUUAGGAAGUAGAAGACCUGUGUAAUAGGAAUAUACCUUAAAAGGAAGAAAUUGGAGUUUUCGAGAGUUCUGCUUACAAAAACGUAUUGCCAAAGAGCAUACAUGAUUUCUGCAACGGAAAUGCCAAAUAUAAUGUUUUUAGGGCAGCAUGUUUUAUCGCAGCAUUCUUCUACGUAG